UAUUAGUGCAGGCUUCAAUAAACGACCUUUUAAAUUGAAAGUGUGAAGAAGCGGAAAAGAUUCAUUCUCUUUCUUGCGGAAGAAAAAGGAAGAAGAGAAGAGGAGCAGAAUCUGUUUUGGGUUUUCUCCUCUUGGCCUAGCUCGAAGACCCUUUCGUUGAUUGAAUCUUAAUUGAGAGUUUUUGAUUGAUGAUGGUUGCUAAAAGCUUCGAUCUUUGGCAAAAGGAUGUCUUUUUCUCCGCCGCCGAGGAGGUUCAACAAUCUGCCGAUACGUAAUGUCCUUUUCAUUUAUUGAUGCUUUGUGAGGAUGGAAUCUGCAUAUAGGUUGUGGAUUAAAGAGAAGAGAGAAAGUGGUCGAGUCUCUGUAGAAUCAGACCACCUCUGCAAUGAACUUCAAGCAGCUUUGAGCACAGCUAAAUGGCAGCUGGAAGAGUUUGAGAGGGCAGUGAGGUUGAGCCAUGGGCGUUGUCGAGACGACACCACGUUGACUAGGCACAAACAGUUUGUCUCCGCUAUCGAAAACCAGAUUCAUCGAGUGCAGUCUGCUUUGAGUGAGAACGGGGAACAGCCUUUGCGUUGGGUGGAUCUUAACAAAGAGGAGCGUGAUGACCUUGCCAUGUUUCUGUCUGGAUCUUCUCAGACAUCUGAGAGUUUCAGCAGUGAAAGCAUCAACUUGAGUAGAUGUUACGGUGACUGUGUGAUAGACAUUGACGACGAGAGAGGUAGCCCUGAAAGUGCUGGUAAUAGAAACGGUACAAGAAGAACAUGGAGUUCACCUAAUGUUCCUGAUAUUAGCGCGUUGAGGAUUAAUGUUCCUCUUGAAGAAGAGGAGAAUAAGAGAUAUGUGUCGCAAACAGAAGCUACUCCUAAAGAAAAAGGAUAUAAGCCUCUGUUUUGGAUGCAGAGAUUUCGUGAUUAUAACCAGCUCUUUGACAGAGUCAGAUACUAUCAAAGGCGGUUUGGGGUUCCAUUAACCCGACCGGUUCGCAUUCCAUUUAACCGACCGGUUCAGCUCAUUCUUUCCUUGGCGUUACUAUUGUCUCUUCUAUGUGAGUUCAUCUUCUCUCUAGGGUUCGGUUCUCAUAUUGUUUCAUCAGAGUCUUUUAAGUUUUCUGUCUUUGUUUCUUCCCUUGCAGUACUCUUUCGAGUUUAUUAAUCUUGAGAACUGAAACUCUCAAGAACACUUGGCAGAUUCUUGCGUGUUGGUCACACAACUUUAGAUGCUACAUGAUUCAACGUCCCUCAAGAAGGGCGAGAGAUUAAAAAAGGCUUUGUCAAGAACCAUAAGGAGAACAAGCCUGGUUAUUUUUAUUUCUCUCAUAACCUCAGGGAACAUAUGAUAGGAACCUGUAAAGACAGUUGUAGAUCUAUUUGUAAAACUUGAAGCUACGUUUCUAAAGAAAACCAAUGCGUGUUGUGUUCA